GGGGCUCAGCGCUCCCGGAAUGUCGCAGACUGCCAUGUCCGAGACCUACGAUUUCCUGUUUAAGUUCUUGGUCAUAGGAAAUGCUGGAACUGGAAAAUCCUGUUUACUACACCAAUUUAUUGAGAAGAAAUUCAAAGAUGACUCAAAUCAUACUAUAGGAGUGGAAUUUGGUUCAAAGAUCAUAAAUGUUGGUGGUAAAUAUGUAAAGUUGCAGAUAUGGGAUACAGCAGGACAAGAGAGAUUCAGGUCUGUAACAAGGAGUUACUAUAGAGGAGCUGCAGGUGCUUUGCUUGUCUAUGAUAUAACCAGCCGGGAAACCUACAAUGCACUUACUAAUUGGCUGACGGAUGCAAGAAUGUUAGCAAGUCAAAAUAUUGUGAUAAUACUGUGUGGAAACAAAAAGGAUCUUGAUGCAGAUCGUGAAGUUACUUUUUUAGAAGCAUCCCGAUUUGCACAAGAAAAUGAGCUGAUGUUCUUGGAAACAAGUGCACUAACAGGAGAAAAUGUUGAAGAGGCCUUUGUACAGUGUGCAAGAAAAAUACUCAAUAAAAUUGAAUCAGGAGAAUUGGAUCCAGAAAGAAUGGGCUCAGGUAUUCAGUAUGGAGAUGCUGCCUUGAGACAGCUGAGAUCACCACGUAGAGCACAAGCACAAAGUGCUCAAGAAUGUGGGUGUUAAAGAAACAAAACACAAAAUCCCAAAUACUUACUUUAGAUACAGAAGCUGUCCUUGCAAAUGGUGUUUGAAGAAACAGAAAAGCUUGAAGGCUAUGCAGUUUUUAAAAACAUCUUUCCACUAUCUACAAACAGAGUAGACCACUGCUGACAGAAAGGUGUACUGUGUGGUGUGGGGCAGGAAUGUUCACAUGACACAAAAGUCUGCAAAGCGAACUUGAUAAUUUGGUGGACAAUAUUAAGACUCAUACCUGUAUGUAAACAUUUUCCAUUACCUAUUUUUGUUCUUUCACCUCUAGUUUAAAGCAUUGCUAUAUACUGUAAAUAAUGUAACAGUAAAUUUACAAAGCAUGGUAUACUUAUGUAUGCUGAUAGAAUGUUGCACUACAAGCAGUUUAAUAUUUUAUUUUUUUAUCAUAUAAACAAAUUUAACUGAGGUAGGCUUUGUCAUGUUUGUUGCACAAUAGUUUAUAUUUAUGACCUGAAUUAUAAAACCACUGGCACUGUCAGUGAGGGGUUGUGGUUUUAUUUUUUCCUACUUAGUUUGCCACAUUCUAACAAGCUGUUGACAUGACUGAUUCUCAACAUACAGUUAGGACCCAUACUUCUGUUUACUAAUAUGUUAAGUUGGAAAAGUAAUUUUUAUUGAUGCUCACAUAUCCUAUUUUAUCACAGUUCUUAAAUAACUUCUGAAGCUCUUUUAUCAAACUUUGAAAGUUUAGAAAAAAAUACUUUUAAGUCUCAAAUGGCUGUUGACUGACUUGGACUUUUUUUUCUUGGUCCUGAUGUUUUAUAUAGCACUGGCAUCAUGAAGGUGGAAUGUAUAUGUGAACAGAACUGUGCAUCUUCUGUGUGUGUUGUAAUUCUAGGGCAGGGGCAUGGGCUUAUGGAGAAUUAUCACAGUAGGAGUUCUCCUAACCUCUUAUCACAAACAGAGCAAUCAGCUGUGGAAAUAUGAUCUCUGUUGAAGCGUACCUGGUGAGGUACAAACUGAACCGAAAUGGGUGGUUCUAAAGUAUCCUGAAUGUAUGACAUUUAAAAUACUAGUUUCUUUCUCUUAAACAUUCAUAAAGUACAAUUAAGAACUUGAAUUUUAAAAUUAGACUUCAAAAUUAGGAGCUUACAGUCUGUCCUGCUGGAGCUCUACCUUUUGAACUUCAUGUGAGUGCACUAUAAUGCUGUCCACAUUGCCCCCAGGAGACUUGUGUGAUGGAAGGAGAAAACCAAGCAUACUACUUAGGUAGUUCUUUCUUCCUGUGAAACUCAUCCAGGGGAAUUUCAGCCUUGGUACUGAUUUCCCCACUCCUCCCCCCCUGCCAUGUUAAAACACACAAUUCAGACUUUCUUUCCUGCCCUCUUUUUAUUGUGGGGAAGAGGCAUGGGGCAAGAGAUUAGGGAUCCUGUCCUCAUUCCUCAGCUGAAGACAGAAGAGUAAGAGACUUGUAGAGGGUCCAAGAGGGAGGACUGAACCACAAGUAUUGCGUGUCAUUUUUACAGUGCCAUGACAACUGAUCAGGUAAAAGAGGCUUGUGGCUUUUGUUUUGCCAGAUAAGGAGCUGCAGAACUAAGCUAGUGUUUCUGGAGGUAGCUGAAUUCAACCAAUUCAGGGGGGCAAUUUCGCUUGCACUGAUGGAAAUCACGAGUGACAUAAUUACUUGUACAACUAGAAAUGGGAUGUCUCCUUGGAAGUGCAAAUUAACACAAAAUAAUUAAUUUGAUCAGAAUCCAGUAUUGAAAUUCCAAGGUCAAACAUGCUCUAUUUUCUAUAUAUGAAUCUUUUCUAUAUUUGAGUUACUUGUCAAAUGCAUGUUUAAAAACUAAACCAGAAAACUGUACUGAUGCUGUAAUUGAGGGCAGUUAGUUAAAGCACAAGAGCAAAGCAAGAAUGCUACACAGAGGUAUACCAUCUUUCAUGGAAUUAGAAUUGUGUUUAAAACUAUCCCCUUUGUCCUGACGUUUUUGGUUCAAAUGGAUGCUUAUCUGAAAACUAUACACCUUAGGUCAUCUCUGAAUUAAAAGGAAUUAAGUUUGCUUUGUACUUUAAAAGCCUAGGUUUAGUUUUAAAAAGGCUGUUGGGUCCAAAGACUUCUAUGUUAUAUCUCUCUCCUAUGUGUCUUGUCAUAUUUAGGAUUGGAUAUGUUACAUAACUGAUUAACAAUUAUUCCCAAGGAGCAUUCUCUUCCUGGUAAGAGUGUAAAGUAUUUUUGAAGCAGUUUAACUGUGCAUUUACAAGAAUAUCAAAGAACUCCAAAGAAACUUACCUGUCUUAAUCCUCACUCAAUUUAUUCUGGCUUCCAGUGCUCAGAACUGGAAGUAAUUACCAAAAGCAAGUCCUCUGAAGUAGAUGUUGGAUGUAGUUGUUUCCUCCACCGGUCCAAAUGGCAGAUUAUUAACUGGGCUGUGUUUGUGUUCCUGCCAGAACUGGGGAGGGGAGGGUGUCGGUUCUGAAACCCCAAACCAGUUCUGGAAUGCUGGGAAAAGACGAGUUAUUGGGGAGUCUGUUCCCCCCCCUUACCACACUCUAAUGGGGUUUCUUGGUACCCUGACAGAGGUGAAAGCUGAGCACUUAUUUAUCAGCUGGGACAUAGCACAAGUAAAGCUAAAGGUCUCUCCGGUCACUGUCACAGUGGUUGAAGUGGUGUUGGCUGUUGAUCAAAACUUCUUUCCGUUAUUACAGUAGCAGUUGAAAGGAGCGGGGGACUGUUACUUAAUUCUGUUGCUUUUAAAUAGAAAUUUUAGGGGUUUGGCAGGGAUUUUCUUAUACUUCUUCCUGUCCUUUUCCCUUUACAUACAAGACUGGCCUCUUUUGUAUACUUGGUUCUUACGAUCAUUUUGGUCCAGUGUCUGUGGUUAAGAAGCAGUAAGCACAGUUUUAUUCUUUCUGUAACCAACUGUCUUAAGCUCUCCCCUUCCUACCUGGAAGGAAAGAAUAAUGUCAUUAUAAUGAGUUUUGAUGUGUUUUUACCAUUUUUUUAACGUAUGCUUUUACGGUAUACACAUUAACCAGGUUAAUGUGCAUGUUUUGUAGUAUUGCAACCUUUUAUGCUGCAUAUCUCACUGACAUUUUAAAAAGAAACUUUCUAAAAUGGCAACUCCUGAGGGAAAUACUGUUGGAAGCAAUAGCUCUCACCAGUGCAAGCUAUAUUGUUUACUAUUUUUAUUUCUAAAAAUAAACAUCAUGCCAAUAACAGCCCUGGAGUAAAUUUUAAGCUUUAGUGUUAUAGUUCACACAGCAAACCAAACUUAGCUCACCUAAACAGUAAGUGAUGAAUAGGUUAAAUUAUGUAUGUUUUUAGUGUAAAAUUCUUACUUUACCAAAGCAAGAUGGCUUGGAGUUUUACAUGAAAUAAUACUGGGUACCUAUAUCCUAGGAUUUAUUGGAUGUGGAGCUUUAGCUGUUCAGACCUUUAAAAGAUUUAAAUGUCUUAUUAAAGCCUGUGUCUUGCCUAUACUAUUUCAUUUAAUGCUUGUAUCUAGCACCAAAUAAAGAAUCUUUCUUGAUUUUC